AUGAACGUUCACUGGUGAACUUCCGGUCUCUCGGCGCACGUUUUCCUUCCGCGGUUUGAAACGAAAAUCAUACGAGCGGCUCUGUCGGCGUUUACAGAAUAAAGACAACAUGAGCAAAGCACAUCCACCCGAGCUCAAGAAGUUUAUGGACAAGAAGCUUUCGUUGAAGUUGAAUGGAGGCAGACAUGUGCAGGGCAUCCUGCGGGGGUUUGACCCCUUUAUGAACAUGGUGCUGGAUGACUCUCUGGAGAUGGGCCCGGGAGGACAACAGAAUGCCAUUGGCAUGGUGGUCAUCAGGGGAAACAGCAUCAUAAUGUUGGAGGCCUUGGAGAGAGUAUAAGAGGAGAGGCAGCUGAAUCACCCACGCCCUUUUUACCAUCUAUCCAUUUUAGUUACUACUUAGUUUGAACGAGGCGAAGCAUAUGUGUUUCUUUGAAUUGUAACAUGUCGUCUUAUGUCUUCAUUUAACUUCCCUUGAUCGGGAUGUUUUCUUUGGACAAUUUUGGAAUGUGUGAUCUUGUGAAUAAAUCUGUUUUUCUUUUG